CUCUAAAGUUUUUAAUGCUGUCCCGAAUGAAUUUCAACCCACUAUUGGCUCUAUAAAUACAAAGCUUAUCAAUGCUAUUUACACACAAAAACAUUCAAACAAAAAAUCGCACUACCUACAAAAUUAAACAUAAUGGAAGCAACUCUGUUUCUAUCAAUCUCCUUCCUCCUCUUAUCUUUCACCACAAACCCAGUCCCCUGCCUAGCCACCUCUGCUCCUCAAGAAGUCCGUGACACUGCUGGUAAGAUACUCCGGACCGGCACCAACUACUACAUCUUGCCGGUUGUUCGUGGACGUGGAGGCGGGCUCAAACUCGCCAGCGCCGGCAACAAACCUUGCCCACUUGAAGUGGUUCAGGAGCCACGUGAGGUGUCCAAUGGCCUUCCACUCACAUUCACUCCUGUGAACUACAAGAAAGGUGUGGUUCGAGUCUCCACCGAUGUUAACAUCAAGUUCUCUUCCGCCGCAACCAUGUGCAGGCAGUCCACGGUUUGGAGGUUGGAUGAUUACGAUAAGAAGACGGGACAACGGUUUGUGAGCUCUGGUGGAGUUGAAGGAAACCCUGGUCCUGCAACACUGAGCAACUGGUUUAAGAUCGAGAAGUUUGAUGGUGCUUACAAGCUUGUUUUCUGCCCAAGUGUUUGUCGUUACUGCAAAGUAGCGUGCAGAGAUAUAGGUAUGUAUAUGGACAAAGUUGGGAUGAGGCGUUUGGCUCUGAGUGAUAAACCACUCAAAGUUGUGUUCAAGAAAGUAUGAGACGACGUGCGCGCUUGAGUAACCGAUCAUAAAGACAAGCAGCUCCAAAAUGUGACUUUGUUGUGCAUUUGUAUUACUACUCAGCACUACUGAAAUGUGCUUAUGUUUGUUUCGUAUUGAUUUGAAUAACUGAAUAAUAAUAUGGAGCUGUAUGAAUUAAUACGAAUAAUAAUAAUAAUAGUGCAUGCAAAUUACAAUGAAAGUA